CUGGGAUCUCGUGAACAGCAUUUCGGGCUUCACGUCUCACUCAGAUCGGUGUGCAACAUUCCGUUGACCUCAAUCUCAUCCCUGGUAUAUAAUGAAUUUGGAGAUCCAGAUCUUCACCAUGUCCCAGAACAGCAAUCCAAUCCAACCAGCCUCACCAGCUCGCUCCACCAUCACCACUAAGCCACCAAGCUUCUCCAUUAGCUCUCACUCCACACUCUAAUCUACAUCUACAUCUAAAUUCACCUCCACAACCACAUUUACCACAAUGUCUCACUCCAACCAGAACGAAGUCCUCGACGUCGCCAUCGUUGGCGGCGGUAUCGUCGGCGCGGCCCUCGCCAUCGGCCUUCUCGCCCGCGACAUCAACGUCACCAUCUACGAGCGCAGCAACUGCUUCAGCGAAGUUGGCGCCGGCAUUGGCUUCACGCCCAACGCGGAGUCCGCGAUGAAGGUGCUCGACCCGGCCAUCCACGCGGCCUUCAAGAAGGUGGCCGUGCAGAACACCACCGACUGGUUCACCUGGUCCAACUCAGGCAACCGCGAGGAGGGCGACCUGGACGAGCCCAUCUACAAGAUGUACGUGGGCGAGCGCGGGUUCGAGGGCUGCCACCGGGCGGAAUUCCUGAACGAGAUGUUGAACCUCAUCCCCGCGAACAAGGUCAAGUUUCGCAAGAGCCUGGUGGCGGUUGAGGACCGCGGCGACGACAAGAAGCUGUUGAUGCGCUUCCAGGACGGAACCACCGCGCAGACCGAUCUCGUCAUCGGCUGCGAUGGGAUUCACUCCAAGGUGCGCCGCAUCGUGCUGGGCGACGACCACCCCGCCGCCUACGCGGGCUACACCCACAAGUACGCGUUCCGGGGACUGGUGCCGAUGGAGAAGGCGCUGCCACUCCUUGGCCACGAGCGGGCCUACAACCGCCACAUGUACAUGGGCCCGGGAGCGCACAUGCUCACCUUCCCCGUGGCCAGCGGGCUUCUGUUGAACGUGGUGGCGUUCGUGCACGACGAGGAGGAGUGGACGGGGGAGAAGCUGACGGCGAUGGCGACGAAGCAGGAGGCGGUGAAGGCGUUCGAGCACUUCACGCCGUUCACGCGGGGGAUCAUCGACCUGCUGCCGGAGACGCUGCACCGGUGGGCGAUUUUCGACAUGGCGGCCAACCCGGCGCCGACGUAUGUCAACGGGCGGGUGUGCCUGGCGGGCGAUGCGGCGCACGCGUCGGCGCCGCACCACGGGGCCGGAGCGGGUAUGGGCAUGGAGGACGCGGCGGCGCUGGUCGAGCUACUGCAGGCGGUGCACUCGCAGGCGUCGCGGGCGUCGUCGCCGCACUCCCUCAGCGGGCUGCUCUCCGCGGCGUUGGCUACCUACGACCACAUCCGCCUCGACCGCACGCAGUGGCUCAUGCAGACCUCGCGCUUCGUCGGCGAGAUGUACGAGUGGCAGCACUCGCGCGACCCCGCCCAGAUCUGCCACGAGAUCGACUCCCGCUCCUCCAAGAUCUGGAGCUACAACAUCGAUGAGAUGAUCCGUCAGACCCGCCAGGACUUCACCCGCCGUCUGUGGGCGCUGCACGCCCCUGUCGCCGACAGCUCCCCCAUCAAGUUCCAGACGGGCUUCCUCCAGCAGACCCCCGUCGUCGACCGCAUGUUGUGUACCUCCUUGACGGUGUGA